UGUUUAUUUGUUCUCUCCCCCACGCUCCCUGAACCUCUACUUUCUCGUAUCUGCUUCCAGUAAUGACUCUAUUAUUUUUUUUGACCGGAUGGACCGCAGAAAAAGAAUGCUUCGAUUUCUUUUCUCUUUCUCAGCCGAAAUUAAUCACCAGUUGGGGCUUGACUAGGAGAUGUGCAGGAACACAAGAGCUACAUCCGGCUCGGUGAUCUGCUUGGAUGCUCAACCAAGUGGUCUGGUCCUGGACUCGCAAGAUGACGCACGGGGUGACGGCCUAGAAGACCGCUUUGGGUUCGGAAUUCACUGCUUCAUGUCCACUUUCGCUUCUUGUUAUGUACUUUUGCCUACGCUAUACCUUGUUCCCGCCGAUUUCCUAUUCCCCGUUGUGGCCUGGUACUCCUACUUUUAUUUUAUCUUCGGUACACUUUUGCCUCUUUUACACAUUUUAGUGAGAUCACCCACCCCUGACCAUCAUUUUUUCUGGACGUUUUUCCUUGUUCCAUUGCAGUUUCUGUUGUGUGCUAGUUGUCAAUCUUAAGUGUUAUUGAAGAGCGAAGCGAGACGGACAAAAGAAAGAGAGAAAAAAGCAACCCGAAGCUAG